AGGAUAGUUUUGCUUGUAGGUGAGCAUUAAAUAUGCAUAGCUCAGAGUGCAUAUUGAUAUGAUGGUUCGUUCGCUCUGUGCAAUGACCAAGUUCGAACUAACCCCAUGAAUCGGAAUCGGUACCCCUCACUUCCUUGCUCCUCGCUCUCUGCUUCUCCCUCUCCGUUGUUCGUCGCCACCACCGCCGCCGCCCCUGGCACAUCUCCAACCGCUGACGAUGCCUCGCGAUGAUGUCCUAGAGUGAUGGGGAUAGCAGCAAGAGUUCCUUCCAUUACCUUAGCCCUGCUUCCGACGAUGGCAUGUAUGUCAGUUGAACUAGGGUUAGGGUUAGGAUUCGGGGAUUUCUUUGUUGAUUUUGUUCUGAUCACUUUCACAAUUUAUGUCUUUCCUUUGCACAUGCAGCUCCCUGCUACCACGGAGGACUCCGAUUUCGCGGGAAUUGAAACUCACAUUGAUGUGUUCUGCCACGGGCAUGGGAAGGCAGCAGAGAGGCAUGUUGCUUUCGAGGGAACCCCUACUGGCAGGAGGUUCCUUGCCUGUCCCGAGAAGGAGGAUAAAAACUAUGGUCUGGUUGAAUGGAUUGAUUCAUCUUGGUCGACUACAAUAAAGAAUGCAUUGGCCAAGUUGUGGGACAUGUAUGAAGAUUGAAAGAAAAACAGGAUUGAGGACAAUCUGAUGAACUCAUUUGCUAUUCACACACUGAAAGAAAAACAGGUUGGUUGAAGAUGUCAAUGGCCUCUUGGAUGCCCAGGAGCAGAGGGUUCAUAUGGCAAGGAAAACUGAUGAAAUCAAACUGCAGGAGAAGUAUGACUUGCUGAAGAACCUGACAGUUUCUCAAGCCACUGUCGUUAGGAACAUGAAGUUGAAACUUGAUGAAGAGAAGAGCAAGUUGCAGAUCCAGAUCAGUGAGCUUGAAAAGGUGGUGGAACAGAGCAAGGUCAAGCUGAAUGGUAUCAAUGCAUCUUAGAUGAAUGAGCAUCUAAUAUGCUACUUCUUAGUUAUGCUCAAGUUAGGCUGAUGUAAUAUGGCACUUAUUAGUGCUAUCAUCAUGGUUAUGUAAUGGUAUUGUAUGGAUCUCCCAAAUAUGCUACCUAUUAGUUAUGUAAUGGUAUUGUAUCGAUCUCCCAAAUAUGCUCAGUGUACUCUGAAUGUGAUGAAGAUGGUUCUUGAUAUGCUAAUGUAGAUUGGA